AUGAAGUUUGAAGAGAUGACAGCUGCGGACAAUAUGUCCACGGUGACACAGUUCAUACUCCUGGGAUUUUCUGAUCUAACAAAUCUCCAAGGGUUGUUAUUUGGAGUGUUUCUUAUCAUUUAUAUGAUCAUUUUAAUUGGAAAUAGCCUCAUAAUCAUAAUAAUCACAGUUGACUCUGUGCUCCAGAAACCGAUGUACUUCUUCCUGGCCAAUUUUUCCUCUUUAGAGAUCUGUUAUGUGUCUGUCACUCUCCCCAGGAUUCUGGUGAACCUUUGGACUCAGGAUCGAAACAUAUCUAUGCUACAGUGUGCCACCCAAAUGUGUUUCUUCCUUAUUCUGGGGUCCACUGAGUGCUUCCUCCUGGCUGUGAUGGCCUAUGACCGUUAUGUGGCCAUUUGUAACCCUCUUCACUAUCCUCUUGUCAUGAACCACAAGUUGUGCAUCCAACUGGCCCUUGGCUCCUGGAUCGUUGGAAUCCCAGUCCAGAUAGGACAAACCUGUCAGGUGUUCAUGUUGCCUUAUUGUGGUUCUAACCAAAUCAACCAUUUCUUCUGUGACAUCCCCCCCAUGUUCAAGUUGGCCUGUGGGGACACAUCACUGAAUGAGAUGUGCAUCUAUGUAAUUGUAUCACUGUUUGCCACGAUUCCUUUUCUACUGAUACUUUUUUCCUACGUCAAAAUCAUUUCCACAGUUCUGAGACUGCCAACUGCCAAAGGACGGGGCAAAGCCUUCUCGACUUGUUCUUCUCAUCUCAUUGUUGUGGUCUUGUUCUUUGGAUCUGCCAUCAUCACCUACUUGAGGCCCAAAUCCAAUCAUUCUCCAGGAAUUGACAAGCUGCUCUCUCUUUUCUACACUAUAGUGACGCCCAUGUUUAACCCCAUGAUAUACACCCUCAGGAACAAGGAUGUGAUCGCAGCACUGAGAGGACUAUUCCUUAAAAAAAAAGAAUGUGAUAUCUGA